UUAGAAAAACUCAAGAGACGAGAAAGAACUAUAUAUACCCCCCUCGCUCUCCCUCAUGAAGUAAAUCAUCGCUCUCAAGUAUCACCAGAUUUAUAUUAUAUACAGCUUGAAUUAGAGCUAAGAAACUCAAAGGAAGAAAACAAUGGCAUAUCGUCAUGCUCGAUAUACUUCGAGCUUUGUUGCUCAGACUGGAACCGAGUGGGACGAUGGGGCCUACGUAAAGGUUAGGAAGAUAAAAGCAAGUCACAAUGGCAGUGGUAUCACCUUGGUUCAGUUUGACUAUAUCGACGGCAACAAAGCUCUUGUAAAAGGUCCUGAUCACGGGAAGCGUUUUGUAUUGCCUGACGAUUUCGGGAGGAGUAAUCCAGACGCGUGGUCCGUAACAAAAGAGUUUUCGCUAGCUGAAGACGAAUACAUCCACACCGUGGUAGCAUAUAUCACAAAUUGUGUGAGGAAGAUUGAGUUCGAGACGAGCAAGCGAAUCAUUAAGUUCGGAGUCGAGGCAAACGACCCAGAAAUUGAAGAACUACGGGCCACAUAUGGCGAUAUAGACAAACGCCCGAUCGUCGGCUUCCAUGGCAAAUCUGGGAUUCAUUACCUUCAUGAACUCGGUGUCUACCUUCGUCCUCAUCAAUCUUAAAAUUAAAAUCUAAAAAAAUAAAUAAAAAGAUAUAAAUAAAACAGCUCUCAAGCUACUUUCUACUUUA